AUGGCUAAGAAGAAGUCGGUCCCUUCUUCCAAGAAGGCCAAAGCCGCCGCGCAAGCCUUGCUGAGCAAAUGGCCUCGCCAGGAAACCGAGACGGCAGUGUCUCUCCUCCCGCUCCGGUCGUCCAGGCCUCGACGGAAAAAUGGUAGAACGGCGUUGCACGCUGCAGUGAUUCGCAAGGAUAAAGUAAUAACGGAGGAACUACUAAGAGCCGAUAGGACUCUGAGCAAAGCAGCAGACGAACUAGGAUGUACUCCGCUACACCUUGCUGCACGUUGUGGUUCCGUUUCAAUUGUUAAACAACUGCUUGAAAUUGAUAGAUCUACUGCUUACAUUGCUGACAAAGAUGGCGCGACAGCUCUUCACUUUGCAACGUCCGAAGGCAAUCGAGAUGUAAUGAAAGAGCUUAUUUCUCAAUGCCCUGAUUGUUGCGAACAGGUCGACAACAAAUUUCAGAAUGCUCUUUACUACGCCAUACGGAACAAACAAAACCAAAUAGUAGAAUAUGUUUUUGCAGAUGCAUGGCUUAGAAACAUCCUGUUCAAUGGCAUGGAUGUUGAUGGGAACACACCCAUCCAUCACCUAGCUACUCAUUCUCCCAAAAGCAUAGAAUUACUAGCUGCUCAUAAAGUUGAUUGGAUGGCAUUCAACAAGCAAAACUUAAACGCUUUUGACAUCCUUCUAACUCACGAUGAUGAUAUAAGCACAUUAUUAGCGCGGGAAUUGUAUGUAAAAGUACUUCAAGUGACGGGUGUUAGACCAAGUCAUGGAAUUGAAAAUCCAAAAGAUAGUAGUGGGAAUAAGGUGGUGGAAUCUCAAAGAAGCAAGGACAUGGAAGAAAGUUUACAGAAAUCAAAAGAUACUCAUCUGGUAGUGGCUACAUUGAUAGCAACUGUAACCUUCGCCGCAGGUUUUACCAUGCCUGGCAGAUACCAAAGCGAAAAAGGACCAGACCAGGGUUACCCCCUUCUGUCAAGAAACACAGCGUUCAAAGCAUUUGUUCUAACUGAUACACUAGCCAUGGCCAUGUCAAGUUGUUCUGUCCUAGUGCUCCUUUACUCCUCAAUUCACACAAAGAGGAAUUACAAGGGGACGUUUCAAUUGGCAGUGUGUACGACAAUUUGGGCUUUGGUUGCAAUGGUUGUUGCAUUCAUUUCCGGCACAUAUGCAGCACUGGGUGGUCAUUCUUCAGGGAUUACCAUUGCAGGUUGUGUGCUUGGCUGCAUUUUCUUCUCCGUCGUUGCAAAUUCUCUUCUUUCUAUUGAAAGAAAAAUACUUGAUGCUCCACAUUUCCUGGACGACAUGGUUGGCGACUUUAAGGUGCUGACAAGAUACUCGUGUAAUGUUAUAAUUGGCUCAAUAAUAGGUUUCAUCAAGAAGCAGAAUAAGAGUCAGUAA